AUGGCGUCGACUAUCCGAGUGGCCGCCUGCCAUGCCGCACCAGUCUUUCUAUCAGCGCAGGAGACAACUAAGAAAGCCGUUGCUUUAAUCAAGCGAGCCGCCACUCACGGAGCCAAUCUAGUUGUCUUUCCCGAAACAUACAUAGCGGCCUUCCCGAUAUGGAGCGCAUUGCGUGCACCCACAGAGAACCAUGACUUUUUCAAACGCAUGGCCUUCGAAUCUGUUUACGCCGACGGAGAUGAAAUCAAGGCCGUUCGAGCUGCAGCCAAGGCGUUUCGGGUCAUGGUCAGCAUCGGCUUUUCGGAGAAGGUUCGCUACAGCAGCGCGACACUCUUCAACUCGAACAUCCUAGUCGAUGAGCAGGGCGAGGUGGUCAUUCACCACCGAAAGUUGGUGGCAACCUUCUUUGAGAAGCUGACCUGGGCACCCGGCGAUGGCUACGGGCUGCGUGUGGCAGAGACAAAGUACGGAAAAAUCGGCGCCCUGGUCUGUGGCGAAAACACGAAUCCGCUCGCUCGCUAUGCUCUCAUAUCCCAGGGCGAGCAGAUUCACAUUUCGACGUGGCCUGCGGUCUGGCCAACCCGACUACCGAAGGACACCGCCGACAACGGCAAAGCAGACUAUGACAAUGUUGCUGCCAACCGCACACGCGCUGCUGCUCACUGUUUCGAGGCGAAGUGCUUUGGCGUGCUUUGCGCUGGUGUCCUAGGCAAUGAUGCCAUCCAGGCCAUUACGGACGGAGCGCCGCAGCUCGAAGGAGUGCUUGAGCAGGCUCAGCGCGGAGCGACCAUGUUUCUUGACCCCACGGGGGCCCCGCUUCCUUCAUUCGUGGUGAACAAGGAUACCCACGCGAAGGAGGCUGUCGAGUUCCUGCAGAAAACUGAGGGAAUCUUGUACGCGGACAUAGACCUUGAUGACUGCAUUGAGGGAAAGCAGUAUCAUGAUGUUGUUGGGGGUUAUCAACGGAUGGACGUGUUCGAGUUCAAGGUGGACAGGACGCGCCGACACCCCGCCAUAUUCACCGGCUUACCAGCGAGUGUCUCUUCAGUUGGUGAUGACGUGCCCUCAAAGUAA